UUACCGGUUGCGGUCCUGGUGUUACCGGUUGGGGUCCCGGUGUUACCGCGGUGUCCGCAGGUGCUGCUGCUGGAGGCCAGCGCUCGCCUCGGGGGGUGGCUGCAGAGCACCCGCGCUGCCGACGGGGCCGUGUUCGAGCAUGGCCCGAGGGGGAUCCGGCCCGGGGGGACGGCGGGAGCCGACACCUUGCACAUGGUCUCGGAGCUCGGCCUUGCCGGUGCGGUCCUGCCCGUGCCCGGGGACCACCCGGCCUCCCGGAACCGCUUCCUCUACGUGGCCGGGGCCCUGCACAAGCUGCCCUCGGGGCUGGGGGCGCUGCUGCGGCCGGUGCCGCCGUUCUCACGGGCGCUGCUCUGGAGCGGGCUCCGGGACCUCCUGGCGCCGGCCGGGACGGAGCCGGACGAGAGCAUCCACGCGUUCGCUCGCCGCCGUUUCGGGCGGGAGGUGGCGGACAUCGCGGUGGACAGCGUGUGCCGGGGGGUGUUCGCCGGGGACUGCCGGGCGCUGAGCGUCCGCUCCUGCUUCCCGCUGCUCUUCCAGGCCGAGCGGAGCCGGCGCUCGGUGCUGCUGGGGCUGGCGCUGGGCUCCGCUGAGCGCGGCGGGGGGGACACGCACGGCAGCGGAGCCGAGUCGGGGUUGAGCCGGCGGGCGCGGGCCGAGCGCUGGAGCCAGUGGUCGCUGCGGGGAGGGAUGGAGACGCUGCCCGAGGCGCUGGCGGAGUUCCUGCGGGAGCGCGGCGUGGAGCUGCGGUGCCACCAGCGCCUGCGACGCCUGAGCCGCCGCCACGAUGGCCGCUGGGAGCUCACCCUGGCCGAUGGCACCGUCACAGCCGACCACGUUGUCAGCGCCGUCCCGGCUGCAGCGCUGGCUGAGGCGCUGCCGGCCGAGGCCGCGGCGCUGGCGCAGGAGCUGCGGCGCAUCCCGGCGGUGUCGGUGGCUGUGGUGAACCUGCAGUACGAGGGCGUCGCGCUGCCCGUCACGGGUUUCGGGCACUUGGUGCCCUCCUCAGAGGAUGGCUCCCUCCUGGGCAUCGUCUACGACUCGGUGGCCUUCCCUGAACACAACGGCGCGGCCACGGCCUCGCUGCGGCUCACGGUGAUGCUGGGAGGCGCCUGGUUCGAGCAGAGCUUCGGGGACCCGGCCACGGCCGCACCGGAGCUGCUGCUGCACCGGGCACAGGCGGCCGUGAGGGAGCAGCUGGGGCUGGAGCCGGCCCCGACCCGCUCCAUCGUCAGGGUGCACCAGGCCUGCAUCCCGCAGUACACACUGGGCCACUGGCAGCGCACAGAGCGCAUCGGCCGCUUCCUGGCCGAGCACCGGCUGCCCCUGAGCCUCAUCGGAGCCUCCUACAGCGGCGUCUCCGUCAACGACUGCAUCGCCAGCGCCAAGGCGGCCGUGGAGCGGCUGCUGGGGCCGCAGCACUGAGCCCCCCCCCCAGCACCCACGGCCAUAGGACAAAGUGUAUUUUUUAAUUGAAAAACCCUUAUAAAGGUC